AUGGCUGGAUCCAUCAAUGAAGCGCCUGCUAGUGAUCUAAAGCUUCCAUUCAUAGACUUCUCAAGGCCCGGUAAUCUGAAACAAGGCACUCCUUAUUGGGAUUCCUUGAAAUCCCAAGUUCGGGAAGCACUCGAAGACUACGGCUGCUUCGAGGCUUCCUUCGACAGGGUUCCUAGUCGGCUUCGAACUGAUGUUUUCGGUUCACUUGAAGAUCUCUUUGAUCUGCCUUUGCCCACCAAACAAGCAAGUUUUCCUCCCGAGGCAUUUCCCCAAGGUUACUUGGGCCGUCCUCCGGCGAAUCCAUUCUUUGAGAGCUUUGGGCUAAACGAUCCUCAUCUGCUUGAUGUGGUCCAGAACUUCUCUGACAGAUUAUGGCCCCAAGGAGAUAAUCCCAGUUUCAGCAAAAAUAUCCACUCCAUGUCUAAGAAGGUGUCUGAACUGGAUCAAAUUGUGAGAACGAUGAUACUGGAAAGCUUUGGCCUUGAGAAAUAUGUGGAUGAACAUAUGUGCUUCACAAAUUACCAUUUGAGGGUCAUGAAAUACGAAGUAACAGUAGCUACUUUCGAAACUGCACUAGAUCCAAAAACUGGGCUGAAAGUCCAUACUGAUAAAAGUAUGAUUACAACGUUGUGCCAAAAUGAGGUUGAUGGAUUGGAGCUUCAAAACAAGAGAGGUGAAUGGGUUAAAUUCAAACCGACUUCUCGUAGCUCUUUCGUCGUCUUGGUUGGUGAUUCUCUUUACGCAUGGCUGAAUGGUAGGGUUCACUGUCCCGAUCACAGGGUAUGGUUGUGUGAAAACGAUAAGUUGAGAUAUUCGUUCGCACUUUUCACACGCCCAAAGGCGAACAACACUAUCAAAGCGCCGGAAGAGUUGAUUGAUGAACAACACCCCUUGUUGUUCAAGCCCUUUACCUACAAGCAGCUUAUUGCCUCGACUUUUACCCAAGCUCGUCUGAAAGAGGCUUCUCCAUUGUUGAAUUCAUUCUCCAUUCAAAAGAGAUACUUGAGUUGA